GCGGCGGCAGCGGCAGCGCGGGGCGAGGAGCGGGUGGAGCGGCCGGCGGCACCUGGCUCCGGAGCGGCUGCGAUGCGGGUCAGGAUGAUUUCAGCUGCCUCUGUUCUCGUCCUGCUCUUCUUGCCCUCGGAGACCUGCUCGCCCCUGCAGUGGCCUCGAGGCUUGUCCCGCAGGAUGCCCUUGGCCCCCCAACCCAGCUGGGAGCCCUGGCCGGGAGCCCCACGACCCCUGGGUGCCACCGCGAGCCCCCUGCCCCAAAGACUGUGCCAAGCCAGUGGGGCAGAGCCCAUUGUGGUGCCCCGGGCCCAACGGGCGCUGCAAACCGGCAAGAGGCGAGAUGGCAAACCCAACUCGCUGGAUCUCACCUUCCACCUCCUGCGUGAGUUCCUGGAGAUGUCCCGGGAGGAGAGACUGGCCCAGAAGGCGCUCAGCAAUAAGCUCUUGCUGCAGAGUAUAGGAAAAUGAGGGAGAGUCCUGGCGGGGAAUGAAGGAAACCGACCCCGUAGUGAGCGGAGAAGAGGGAGGGAUGCUGCUGCGCAGACGGAGGCUGGAGCCGUGCCCAAGGAGCCCUCUCCUUGCCCAGUGGGGUCCCCAUCGCUGCGUCCCGUGUGUUUCUCUCGCUGUUGUGCAUUAAAUUCACCCUCGCACCUGCCCUGCUGCUGUGCUCUUGUGCUUCCCCCACCCCUACAUAGGGCUUGCUCUGUUCCCCACCUCGGGGGUGGGGGGUUGUAUCCCGGAUUUUGAGCCCUCUGGAUCCAUCUGCCUCACAGCCACAUGGGUUGGGACUACUUCAACAUAAUAGUGUUGCAGCAACCAUGGGUACCGAGUGUCCUCUCCCCUCCUAGAGCUGUUCAGUCCCUUCCACAUCCAUGGAUCCAAGCUGGGUCUCCCCUGAAACACCAGAGCAAUCCCAGAUGCAUCCCUGGGUGAAAGGUACCUGCAUAAAGUGCUCUGAGUGGUGCAGCUCGCGCCUCUCCUGCCCAAGGAACGUGAGCAUGGGACGUGCCUGUGAAAACCCAUCAUCAACUGCAAAAUAAGGAAUGAGGCUGCACAAACAGUCCUGGCAUCAGGAUGGGGCAGCAUGUGCUCCAGAGGGGCUUACGGUCAGUCCUGCAAGAGGGUCUUGAGAUGGUUGGGAUGUGGCACCGGUGAUUGUGUCCCACCACAGCCCAUCAGCAGCCAGUGAGGGAUCAGCAUCACCUGUUGGGGAUCGCCAUGAGCCCAUCACCAUCCUGAGUGACCAGCAUCACCCAUGAACCUGUCACCAUCAUCUGUGAGUGAUCAUCAUCACCCAUGAGCCGACUGCCAUGACUUGUGAGACCACCAUCAGCCCAUCACCUAUGAGUGACCACCGUCACCCACGUAGACAGACACUGGCAUCCCACAGGGACCUGAAAGUCUUUCAUCCUCCUUCCAGGGCUGUAGUAGCAGCACCUCUUGUGUUGGCAACCAAAAAUAUCCAGGAGAUCAGCCUUGGGGCUCUCAAAACUAGUUUGGUCUUCUCUGAAGCUGGUGCUUACGUGGGACAAAGAUCUCCUGAAGCUGCUGGUGCACUGUGAUUGCUUUGUGGGCUGGGUUUUUUUCC